AGGGAAGUGGAACCUAAGCUGAAGAAGAGCUAAACAGGGGUCGCUGCAGGGCACUCGCGAGGGUCGCUUCAGGCCUGCAAGCAGCACCACCUCAUCCUGCAUGCCGCACCCGACUGCACGGACAAAUAAAUGUUUGGGAACGCCCAUCAUCCGAACCUCAUAAAUACCUAUUCUGCCUAUCAUCCCGUCUCGAUCCUAAUUCCAUAUCAUCCGACUUUUACGACGACCACCCAUUACCUAGCAUUCUUAUCCGCCUCUCUGGGAGACAUUGACGGUGACAAGUCGCACUGCCAAUCGACGACGACGACGACAACACCUGUCAUCCAUCACCGUCCACUGCAUCCGGCUUGACGAGAAUCCAGUGUCCGACUCAGUGCGACUUGCGACCUGCGACCUGCGACCUGCAACACCGGCCACCGAUUGACGUCACAGGAAGCAUAUUCAGUCCCGUCCCGCCGUUGCAGCUCCCCGUGCCAUGAGUACAACGGCCAAAGCGAGCGGCAGCUAUGCCGCCAGGCCGCCCGAAGUUCUUCGUCCGCGCAGCCACGACCUCAGUGGUGAGACGACUUCGGCCAGUGACGGCGAUGACCUCCUCAACGCCCUCGGCUACAAGGCCGAGUUGGCGCGCACCCGCUCAACGUGGCACGUCGCCUUCAUGUCCUUCGUCCUCGCCUCGAUCCCUUACGGGCUGGCCACCACCAUAUACUACCCGCUGCAGAACGGCGGGCCCGUUGUUGUCAUCUGGGGCUGGGUCAUUGUCAGUUCGAUUAUUCUCUGUGUUGCUGCUUCUCUCGGCGAAAUCACCUCGGUUUACCCUACGGCUGGCGGUGUCUACUACCAGACUUUCAUGAUUGCCCCGGCGAAAUUUCGGAGAGUGUCGGCCUACAUUUGCGGAUGGGCGUAUGUUGUUGGCAACAUCAUCAUUACUUUGGCUGUUAACUUUGGUACUGCUCUGUUUUUCGUCGCCUGUGUCAAUGUCUUUCAAAAAGAGGACGGCAGCGAUAUUUGGCAGGCGGAAACGUACCAGAUCUUCUUGGUGUUCUUGGCUAUCACGUUGCUGUGUAACGCCAUCUCGGCCCUGGGCAACAAGAUCCUGCCUCUUUUGGAUACCUUCGCCAUCGUCUGGACCUUCGUCGGACUCAUCUGCAUCCUUGUCACCAUCCUCGUCGUCGCCAAGGAAGGCCGCCGCUCCGGCGCCUACGCCCUCGGCCACUUCGAGCCCACCUCAGGCUGGCCCAAGGGCUGGGCCUUUUGCGUCGGUCUCCUGCACGCCGGCUACGCCACCUCCUCCACUGGCAUGAUCAUCUCCAUGUGCGAGGAAGUCCAGCGCCCGGCCACCCAGGUGCCCAAGGCCAUGGUCAUCACCAUCGUCAUCAACGCCAUCGGCGGCCUGGUCUUCAUGAUCCCGCUCAUGUUCGUCCUCCCCGACAUCGCCAUGCUGGUGGCUCUGCCGUCCGGCCAGCCCGUCCCCACCAUCCUCAAGUCCGCUGUCGGCUCUUCCGUCGGAGCCAUUUGCUUGCUUAUUCCCCUGAUGGUCUUGGCUAUCCUCUGCGGCACCGCCUGCACCACCGCCGCCUCCCGCUGCACCUGGGCGUUCGCUCGCGACGGUGCGAUUCCCGGAGCCAAGUGGUGGAAGCAGGUGCAUACUGGCUUGGACUUGCCGCUCAACGCGAUGAUGUUGUCCAUGGUUAUCCAGAUCUUUCUGGGCGUCAUUUACUUUGGUUCGUCGGCGGCUUUCAACGCCUUCAGUGGUGCUGGUGUCAUUUGCCUGACCAUCUCGUACGCGGUGCCGAUUGCCGUGUCGAUGAUUGAGAAGCGGAAGCAUGUCGUGGACGCCAAGUUCCCGUUGGGCAAGUUGGGGUGGUUUUGCAAUAUUGUUGCUCUUGCCUGGUCCUUCUUCGCAGUCCCCCUCUUCUGCAUGCCCGCCUACCUCCCCGUCACCGCCGGCACCGUCAACUACGCCCCCGUCGUCUUCGUCGGCUUCACCUCCAUUUCUCUGGCGUGGUACAUCACCUGGGGCCACAAGAACUAUGCCGGUCCGCCUACGGAGCAGAUUGGCGAGGAUGUCGCGCCCACGACUUCUUCCUCCACAAUUCCUGGCGACGUCAAGAAGCCGGUGCCGGUAGAGGGAUCCUUGGGGAAGAAGGAUUGAGGUGGAUAAUGAUUCUUGGAUAUGAAAGUGAGAUGGUAAUGUUAAUGAUUGGGAUAGGUAUACUUAUGAAGUAUUUUUAUGGUGCAUGAGGGUAUAGUGGUGGUGAGGUGUUUGGUGAGGCAUGGAAGGUUGGGUUGGUUGGUGUUGGAGAACGUUGGAUAUCCGUGAAUCACACUCAGCACUGGACGGCUACUUGGAUGAUGUGAGAGAGGUAAAAGGAGAGAAGAGAGAGGUUAGAGUUGGAAAAGUAGGUAGAUAGAUACCCCAUUUAGAAAUGGCAAAUGUGAAUGAGCAUAUGGUUG